AUCCCGCCAUGUCUCCCACGUUCGGGUGGGGCCGGCGGCAAGCAGGCCGCGUCGCCAUGGCAACGGCGCCUUUAAAGGCGGAAGGGGCGGUUAUGGGAGGCUGCCGCCAUGGCGCACGGCAACCCUGUGCCUAAACUCUACAAGUCCAUUAUUGACGAUGUGAUUGAAAGUAUUCAGGACCUCUUUGCAGAAGAGGGAGUAGAUAAACAGGUUUUGAGAAAGCUGAAGGAGCUCUGGGAAACCAAGGUUAUGCAGUCUAAAGCAACCGAAGGCCUCUUCAAACACAGCCACCAUUCUUCACGCUUAACUCUACAUGUUCCACACAAUUUUCAUCAUGUUUUGCAGGCUCCAACAGCUUCUUUAGUUAUCCCAACUGGAGGAGGCUUUCAGCAUUUCAUAGCAGCUGACCUGGGUGCUUCACAAAGGGGUGCAACUCUUACUCUCCCUUCCAGUGUUGCUUAUCCCAUACAUGUACCAGCUGGACUGACUCUGCAGACAGCAUCUGGGCAGCUUUAUCAAGUAAAUAUGCCUGUUAUGGUUGCACAUGGCCAAGGAGAUGCAAGUAUUCUGCAGCAUCCUCUUCAGCAGAUGUUUCAGCCUGUUGGCCAACCUUCAGUUCUGAAAACAAACGUUGCUAGUGUUGCUCCGGUGAGAUCUUCUGUCCAGGCAACUGCUGAGACAUUGCAAACCCAGAAGACUGAAGUCCAACAAACUGUGGUGUUUCAACCGAGUGCCUUGCAGAAUAAACACCCAGAGAACUCCACCAACACUGUGCUGUUUCGGCAGCCUGCAGUGAGUCGGCAGGAGAUUGCAACUAAUGCAGUGUUAAAUCAGUGUGCAGAGUUAACAGAAAAAUCCCAGUGCAGCCGUCUUCAUACAGCUGUGUUUACUUCAGGAUCCUCUGAAGUGUUUUCUCCUGCUGAAUCCUUGGCAAACCACCCAGGCAGUGUGCUGCUGCCAGAUGUGGAGGGGCAGUUAGACGUGAAGCCUCAGGAAUCAGUGCAACAGCAGGUGUCUGAUGUCAUUGAGCUGAUUAUCAAGGGCAAAAGUUUAGAUGAUAAUGCUGCUCUGAAAGACCAGGAUAGCGAGGCUCCCACAGACAAGAUGGAACCUACUGAGCAGGUGGAAUCUGAUUUACAGUCAGAGAGGGGUAUCUGCAGUGACACUGAAGGCAUAAUUCAGCUAGAUGGAACUUGUGAUGGUUCUCCCAAGAAAGAAGUACUACAUACAAAAGAUACAGAAGAGAAUGAGUUCAUUGGCAUUAUUGAAUCAGAGGAUCUGAAGAUUCUGGAGGGUGAAGAAGAUGAAGAAGCUGACAGUAUUUCAAACUCUGAGUCUAGUAGCAGCUGUGACAAUGAAGAGCCCCAAACAGACAUUGUUGAGGAGGACCCAUUAAAUUCUGCUGAUGAUGUCAGUGACCUGGACAUUGCCGACUUGUUUGACACCAACAAUGUGAUAGUUUGUCAGUAUGAGAAGAUACAUAGAAGUAAAAACAAAUGGAAGUUCUUCUUAAAAGAUGGAGUGAUGUCCUUUGAUGGUAGAGACUAUGUUUUUGCAAAAGCUGUUGGAGAUGCAGAGUGGUGAAACCUGACUGUCGUACGUAUGUUAAGACUGGCAUUGUUCCUUCACAAACCAUCUGUGAAACAACUAAACUUUCUAUAUUUUGCCAUAAAGACCCAUACAAUUAGCUAAAAUAUGUAAAAUCUUUGUUGUUAAAACAUGCAAAUUAAAAUAGUACUGUUAACUACAAUCUUUUCUCUUCUGAUUAUUUCAUUACUUUUCCAGCCAAAAAGCAUUGUUGAAUUGAAUAGCUUUAAAGACUAGAAUGUUGUGUUUGUUAGUAAUUCAAGAAAGCCAUAGAAUACUAAGUGACUGUAUGUAAGUAAAUUGUGGUUUAAUUUUCUUAUUU